CGCGGUUAAACCAAAUGCUUCCGGUGUAAUGUCAUCGUGAAAGAAGAGCAAGAGGUACAUAAUGGCCACACCGUGGAGAAUGGCCUGCAUUUUGGCCACCAAACUGGCCCCUCUCCCAGGACCCGCUGCUUGCCAGGUUUGUCGCCAUGCCAGUCGAUAUGCACAUGGGUGGAUGUCACAGAGGUAUCCUGAUUCGCAUCCAAAACAGAAACAAGAGGAAGACAUGUUUGAAGAAGACAAUGAUAUGGAUGCAGUAGAAGCCAAACUGAACUCUAUUAUUAGUGAAGAGAAGAGAAUGCGUAAAGCAGCAAAAUUUCACAUCAUCAAGAGGAAAAUGAACAACCCUGGAGCCCCAGAGAGAAGACUUAGCUGGGAUGCAAUUCAGCAGAUAAGGUACUUAAAGCAGGAGUCACCAGAGGAAUGGACACUACAGAGAUUAGCGGAGGGUUUCUCUGUAAGCCCUGAUGUCAUUUCCAGAGUCCUCCGGAGUAAAUUCACCCCAUCAGCAGUUCGAAAGCUAAAGCAGGAUUCGAAAGUGUUAACUAGUAUUGGGCCCCAGUAUCUCAGAGAUGGAAAAACGGAACAAUCUAGACUGCCAAAUACUCCAACGCCAGCCGUGCUCCCCUCUGGAAACACAGGAGCGCUUACAGUGAGGGACACUGAGACUGGACUUGUGCCCUCUAGUGGUAGCAUAGUAGCAUCACAGCUACCAGCUAAACAGAAAGCGACACCUGCUUUACAAGAGCAACCUGGCGCUACAGCUGAAACGGACAUGAGGGAUGAUAUAGAGAUGGAGGAGGAGUGGGAUGGAGUAAUUCUAACAGAGGAAGAAUUGGAGCAUAUCGCACAAACGCUGAAGGAAAAACCCAGUCCAGUGGAACAGAAGGGAAGAGAGUUUUUUGAUAGUGAAGGUAACUUCCUGUACAGAAUUUAAGUGGCUGCUAAAACAUUUGCUAAAACAUUUGGCUGCUAAAACAUAAGUCUGAUAAUUCCCUUUAAAUUUGUUUUCUGUCGAAUUUGCUUUUUUGCUCUUGUGCACAAAUAAAAAUAAAAAAAUCAAUGGGACAAAUCAAUUUAUUUCUCAAACAGUUCUUUUCCAAAUAUACAGAGCAAAAAUAAAAGAUACAAAGUCGGAAUUGCUGUAUAUGUACAGAGCUUCACAACUAAUAUGUACAUUGAUUUUGCACAGCAAGAAAAGCAUAACACCUCUUAUAAAUAAAAUCACUGUCACAAUGGAAAUUGCACUGUUACAUUUCAAUUGCACUGCAUUUAUUAUUAUUAUUAUUACCCCAAGCAUGGAGAGCAACUCAAUUUAGUAGCAAGUAUUAAGUAAUUUAGGGGCAUACUUGUAUUUUGUUGUAUAUUCACAUAUAACUUGUCAACUAAUAAAUUUGUCAUUCUCGUUUUAGAAUUAUUGAAGAUGA